AUGGCUCGAAAGCCGCACUUUACUCUUGCGGGAAUAGCGGUAGCAGCUUUUCUAUGCAUAUUCUUUGUACUCACAUUUCGCAAUCAAAAUCAUGGAACGAGAGCUGUAGAUUAUGGCACAGAGAGUGAUUAUAACGCCGAAUUCCCUCUGGAUAAAACGCCAAUUCUCGUCGAUGACAAUCUUCUUCAUGGAGCAGCCACUGCCCCUAAGCUGGAAAAUGCCACGUUAAAAGCGGAACUCGGCCAUGCAGCCUGGAAAGUUCUACACACGAUGAUGGCCAAAUUCCCCGAUAAGCCUACAGAAGAAGACAGCUCGGCUUUGAAAUCUUAUAUCCAUUUAUUUGCGCGCCUCUAUCCAUGUGGCGACUGUGCGCGACAUUUCCAAGGGCUAUUGAAGAAAUAUCCACCUCAAGUGGCAACGAGGAGUACGGCAGCGGCGUGGGCAUGUCAUGUCCAUAACGAAGUUAACAAGCGUUUGAAGAAGGAGAUAUUCGAUUGUAGUAAGAUUGGAGACUUCUACGACUGUGGAUGUGCCGAGGAUGGUGAGCCGGGGAAAGCUGGCGAGGCAAAGACACAGGUUAAGAAGGGGGAGGGAGAGGGUUUCACACCAUUAGAGUUGGAUAAGGAAGGUUUGACUCGGGGAGGUUAA